UAGACAAACCGUAAAGUCGUCUGCAAUUCACCAGCUGUUCUUGGCGAUAAGGUUCAGUUGUUCAUCUGUUGGCCUGCGUGUCACGACCGUCAUCCCUCAUCAAUUGCGUUGCAACGAACGACGUACAUUCCCAUCUGUCUACACCUGCAACUUCAUCCUCCUGGCCCUAGAUGGCUUCUAACACUCAAUCUCGCAAGAUCCGUCUUACCGUAAUUGCGGCGGAUGGACUCUACAAGCGUGAUGUUUUCCGCUUUCCCGAUCCUUUCGCAGUUGUCACCGUUGACGGUGAACAGACUCAGACAACAUCUCCCAUCAAGAAGACGCUCAACCCUUACUGGAACGAGAGCUUUGAUCUUGUUGUGAAAGAGUCUAGUAUCAUUGCAGUCCAAAUUUUUGAUCAGCGCAAGUUCAAAAAGAAGGACCAAGGAUUUUUGGGCGUUAUCAAUAUCCGAGUCGGAGAUGUUCUUGACCUUCAACUGGGUGGCGAUGAAAUGCUCACGCGGGACUUGAAGAAGUCGAAUGACAACAUGGUUGUCCAUGGUAAACUAAUUGUGAACCUCUCGACCAGCAUACACACGCCUGUUCGCACACCAGGUCCCGACAACAACCGUCCUUCUAUCUCUGCGGCGGCUGGUAUGGCAGCUGCGCAGCGUGGUUCUGCCCCGGGAUCACGCAGAAGUUCCGUGCACGGUGUCGAAGCACCUGCUCCGACAGUUUCUACUCCGCCUAAUGGGCCCGCCAACGGUUCCGUUGGCGCGACGGGAGCAGCAUCGGGCAGGCAGACUUUCAGUUCUUUCGAAGAUCAACAAGGACGAUUGCCACCUGGUUGGGAACGUCGUACCGAUAACCUUGGACGUACCUACUAUGUUGAUCACAACACUCGGUCGACCACCUGGACGAGACCAUCCACCACUCACACGGACUCGGAUCGUGUUGCUCAGGCUCAGAAUGUCACUGAAAUGGAACGUCAACGUCACAACAGCCGCACCCUUCCCGAGGAACACUCAGCGAUUAGUUCGGUUGCAGAUGGUACUCAUACCGGCAUGUCAGUUGUGAAUACGGGUGCCACCACAGCAGGAACCGGAGAGUUGCCACCUGGUUGGGAGCAGAGGCAGACACCUGAAGGACGUACUUACUUCGUCGACCAUAACACCCGCACUACAACAUGGGUUGACCCUCGAAGGCAGCAAUACAUCCGCAUGUAUGGUCAAAAUGCAGGAAACACAACUAUCCAGCAACAGCCGGUAUCGCAGCUCGGACCAUUGCCAAGCGGAUGGGAAAUGCGCCUCACGAACACCGCUCGUGUGUACUUCGUGGACCACAACACAAAGACCACGACGUGGGAUGAUCCUCGCCUGCCAUCGUCUCUUGAUCAGAACGUGCCGCAAUACAAACGUGACUUCCGACGUAAACUCAUCUACUUCAGGUCGCAACCGGCUUUGCGGCCUAUCCCGGGUCAGUGCCACAUCAAGGUCAGGCGUAGUCACAUCUUUGAGGAUUCUUAUGCCGAGAUCAUGAGGCAGACUGCCACCGACCUGAAGAAGCGUCUAAUGAUCAAGUUUGACGGCGAGGACGGUCUAGACUAUGGAGGUCUUUCCCGUGAGUUCUUCUUCUUGCUGUCACACGAAAUGUUCAACCCCUUCUACUGUCUCUUCGAAUACUCCGCCCAUGACAACUACACCUUGCAGAUCAAUCCUCACUCUGCGAUCAACCCGGAGCACCUCAACUACUUCAAGUUCAUUGGUCGUGUUCUUGGUCUCUCUAUCUUCCACCGACGAUUCCUGGACGCUUUCUUCAUUGUCUCGAUGUACAAGAUGAUCCUGAGGAAGAAGGUGACUUUGGCUGAUAUGGAGAGUGUUGAUGCUGAUUUCCACAGAAGUUUGCAAUGGAUCCUUGACAACCCUAUCCAGGAUGUCCUGGAGUUGACAUUCUCUACUGAAGAUGACCGUUUCGGCGAGGUUGUUACAGUUGACCUGAAGCCAAAUGGUCGCGACAUCGAAGUUACUGAUGAGAACAAGAAAGAAUACGUCGAGUUGGUCACUGAAUGGCGUAUUUCCAAGCGUGUCGAGGAACAGUUCAACCACUUUAUGACUGGAUUUAACGAACUUGUUCCUCAGGAGUUGAUCAACGUCUUCGAUGAACGUGAGCUCGAACUUCUCAUUGGUGGUAUCGCUGAAAUCGAUGUGGAUGAUUGGAAGAAGCACACCGACUACAGGGGUUACACCGAGAGCGACGAGGUUGUCCAAUGGUUCUUCAAGGUCGUACAGUCUUGGGAUUCUGAGAAGAGAUCGAGGUUGUUGCAGUUCGCCACUGGUACCUCCCGUAUUCCUGUUGGUGGUUUCAAGGAUUUGCAGGGAAGUGAUGGUCCACGCCGAUUCACCAUUGAGAAAGCCGGGAAUCCCUCACAAUUGCCUAAAGCGCAUACUUGCUUCAACCGGAUCGAUUUGCCGCCAUACAAUAGUUACGAGGACCUCUUGACGAAGUUGACGUAUGCUGUUGAGGAGACCAUGGGAUUUGCAGCCGAAUAAACGACAACCACACCUGGUU